UCUAUUAAGAACGCCACUGGGAGGUGAUGGGCAGAGCUUGACUUCUAAGUCUUAUUCUAACUUGAGAUAUCUCGAUCAUCGGAGUAGUAAGACCCACUUGAAAAAUGUUUUUAUCAUGCAGACACACAAAUCUUUCGUCAAGACCUUGGGUUUAGCCAAAUAUUUAAACUCUUUAUCUGCAGCCCGUAUCUAGAAAAACAAACGUAAGAAGUUUAAAGAUAAACCCAAUUAAACAUAGAUUUCACAUCAUAGAAUUUUUUCAAGUAACAGAUAUUGGAAUAUAAGGAGUCAAAUUUGCAUCUAUUAGAUUAAUAUUAUUUCUUUAAAUAUUAAUUAAAUCGAUUUAAAACAAUAUAAUGUAGUUUUUUUUUUUUUAAGAAAAAAUUAGUAGAGUAAUGAACAAAAUAGUAGACUCGCUAAAUUUGGAUUUGAGAUCAUCCCACUAAGCUCAAACUUGAUAUAUCUGUAAUACUCGAUUUAGUCUUCUCAAACCACAUUAAAAUGGAUAAUUCAAGGAAAAAUAAAACAAAAUUUAACGGUCAAAUUGAAUUAAAACAGAAAUUGAAUCAUAAUUCACAUACAGCAGAGAGCUGAAGUCAAGAUGCCUGUGUAUGUCAGAAGGAAAGAAAAAGGACCUUUCUCAACUAUUUGUCGUUUGGAUGAUACACAUUUUAAAGGCCAAACUCAACUCUGCACUUGGCCAAACUAUACUAAAGCAGAACAAUCUUUUCAAAUUAUAUAAUUUCUUUCCCAAUUAAACUUUUAUCAACUUGCUCUUCUUUCUUUUAUUUCUAUCCUUUUCACUGUUAACCACCCAACCCAAGGCCUGCAUUAAACAAGUAUUUGAAUUUCAGAGAUAUUUCAUUUAUUUACCCGGCACUUAAAUUUGAGAAUAUGGGGUGCCUAGCAUCAACACAAAACAAGUCUGGUGGAAGGUGGCCAAGAAAUGUUGGGGAGGUUGCUGUGUUUGUUCCUGGGAUGAGGAUCCCUAAACCAAUUGACUUCACUCAGCCCUUUGGUGAUGGUUUAUCCAGGGAUUUGGUUGAAAGGCUGUGUGCUCUAAGAACUCGUAUUGUAGUCAUGGCAGGCCAAGAAGCGCCCAGGGCUACAAAACCAAGAAGAACGGCAACACAACAUGGGGGAUCGACAAUGGCUGAUCUUCAGCAGGCUCUUGAAGAUUACCUGCCAGUCCUUUUGGGUCUAGUUGAAAAUGGAAACCAGCUAAAACAUGACUUGCAAUUCUCCUGGCUAAAUCAGGAGGACACUGCAGAGGAGACCACUAUGUCAAACUCCUGGUAUGAGGUACUAUCAGUUUUGCACUUGAUGGCCAUGUUAUCAUUAUCACAGGCCAAUUUAUUGCUUCUUCCUAUGGCAUCUAAUGACGGUCAUCUGUCAAAAUUAUCAGAAGAAAGGAGACGAGCUUGUAUUGAUAUGUUGUUGAAGGCAGCAGGAUACUUGCAUUUCUCUAUCCAGCAUGUUCUCCCUCAGUUUCCUCCAGAACUCAGAAAAAAUUUACCACUAGACCUGGAAGAGGGAGUGCUUCAAGCCCUUUGCUUGCAAGCCCUUGGCCAGGGUGUUGAUGUUCAGCUUGGAAUGGCAAUUGAUAGUGUCAAGGCCACAUUGGCCGUCAAAAGGAGGCUUGCAUGUGAGAUGGUAAAGUACUGGCAUCAGGCUCAAGAAAACAUUGUAGGCCUUCCGCUAAUGAGUGGAUGGGGAAAGAAGCAUGAGCAUUUUAUUGAGUGGAAAUAUGCUGAGGCCAAGGCAGCUGCAUACUAUUAUCAUGGUUUAAUCCUUGAUGAGGGGAACACAGAGACAUGUAAAGAAAUUGCUAUAGCUGCUCAGCAAGCGGCGGAAGCAUUGUGUAAAGAAAGCAACAAGGCCUGUGAAUCCUUCCAUAUGACCCCUCCACUGUCACGAAAUCCAAUCCCUUGGGGAACUAGCAAGUUUCUAUCUGAGAAGAUCCCUGGAGAUGAAUCGAGUAAGGUGCAAAGCAAUGAGGAUCCACACAGUAAUGAAAUGAUUCUGCAAGCUGCACCUGCAUUGCCAGAUUUUACUUUGUCCCUAAAGCCUGACGAGUACCAGCUUCCUCCGGUGGAUCCCUCUUGGAAUGACCACAUACAAAAUCAAAAUUUACUUGUCCUCUAGUGAGGUUAAACUUAGGUUUUCCAACUUAAAAGACUAAAGAGAUGAUUAUCUAACACAUAAGGGAAGAACUCAAGCAGAAGCAGGUAAACGUGAUCCAUGUAUCGUAUCUAUAGACUUAUGUUUUGGUUAAAUAAAAACAACCUUUGCUAGUAA